CGCUGUCAAAAUAAAUGAGUUGUGUUUUCUUCGCAAAAUAGCGAUAUCGCCGAAUUCAAAGAGAAAUUUAUUUUCUUUGUAAAAACAAGUAAGAAAAUGACCGUAAUUAACAAGCAUGGGACAAGGAGUAUCAAUUUCUCGUAAAUCAAAAAAGCGUUUAUUAAGAAAAGAAGCUACAAAAAAAUUAGAACUUUGCCACUCCGAUGAAAAUAUCGAUUAUUUUAACGAAAAUCUCGAUUUACAAGAAAAACGAAUAAAUUCAAUGGAGAUUGAUGGGGGCCCUAAAGGCGAAGGGUUCCGUUCUUAUUACAUUACAAAAAUCGAAGAAUUGCAACUGGUUGUGGCGGAGAAAAGUCAGAAUCUGAGACGAUUACAAGCCCAAAGAAAUGAACUGAACGCAAAAGUGCGUAUGCUUAGAGAGGAACUGAUGCUUUUGCAAGAACAAGGCAGUUAUGUGGGUGAAGUUGUCAAACCAAUGGAUAAAAAGAAGGUUCUUGUUAAAGUUCACCCGGAAGGAAAAUUUGUUGUGGAUAUCGAUAAAAAUAUUGAUAUCAACGAUGUAACACCAAACUGCAGAGUAGCUCUGAGAAAUGAAAGUUACACCCUACAUAAGAUUCUUCCAAACAAGGUUGACCCAUUGGUCUCCCUCAUGAUGGUUGAAAAAGUACCAGACUCUACUUAUGAGAUGGUUGGUGGUUUGGAUAAGCAGAUUAAAGAAAUAAAGGAAGUAAUUGAACUGCCCGUCAAACAUCCUGAACUAUUCGAUGCUCUUGGAAUUGCCCAACCAAAAGGUGUACUGUUGUAUGGUCCACCAGGAACAGGAAAGACACUUUUAGCUCGUGCCGUAGCCCACCACACUGAAUGUACAUUUAUCAGAGUGUCGGGUUCGGAAUUAGUACAAAAAUUUAUUGGAGAAGGAUCUCGAAUGGUUAGAGAAUUGUUCGUUAUGGCCAGGGAACAUGCCCCUUCUAUAAUUUUUAUGGACGAAAUCGAUUCCAUUGGUUCUUCACGUAUUGAAUCAGGUUCGGGAGGUGACUCCGAGGUACAAAGAACCAUGUUGGAGCUUCUGAAUCAACUGGACGGAUUCGAAGCUACCAAAAAUAUUAAAGUUAUUAUGGCCACUAAUCGUAUAGAUAUUUUGGAUCCGGCCCUCCUCAGACCUGGUAGAAUCGAUAGGAAAAUUGAAUUUCCUCCACCAAACGAAGAAGCUCGAUUGGACAUUUUGAAAAUUCACUCUAGAAAAAUGAAUUUAACGAGAGGAAUUAAUUUAAGGAAAAUUGCUGAGCUUAUGCCCGGUGCUAGCGGUGCAGAAGUCAAGGGUGUUUGUACCGAAGCUGGUAUGUACGCUUUAAGAGAAAGAAGGGUUCACGUUACUCAGGAGGAUUUUGAAAUGGCAGUUGCCAAAGUUAUGCAAAAGGAUUCUGAGAAGAAUAUGUCUAUCAAAAAAUUAUGGAAAUAGUAGGUAUAAGUUAUUUUGUAUGUCUUCUUGUGGUUAAUAAAUGAAGUAUUAAGUACUUGA